UCAAAUAGAGAUAGAGAUUCAAUGACCGAAACAGACGAACAUUUGCCCGAAGCCCCGAAGUCUUAACGAUCAAAUAAGCCGUAAACCCCGGAGGGUGGAGAUUAUUGGAGAAGAGAAAGAGUCCCUAAACACCUUUUUAUCUAACUUUCUCGUAUACUUCCACAAGGCUUGAAUAAUCAACAAUGGCGUCAAGGCCAAUUAAGCUAUCAUCCAUGCUCAAACCUCUCAUUGGAGAGCUUAAAUUUGCUGCAUCUAGGGCUUUUGCUUCCAUUUCUGUCGGAUCUGACAUCGUAUCUUCCGCACCCAAUGUUUCUCUCGCUAAAGCUCGCACCUAUGAUGAGGGAGUCUCUUCCAAAUUCGCUACUACUCCUUUGCAGGACAUUUUUAAGGGGAAGAAAGUUGUCAUCUUCGGUUUACCUGGUGCAUUUACUGGAGUUUGUUCCGCUCAGCAUGUUCCAAGUUACAAGAGUAACAUCGACAAAUUUAAGGCAAAAGGGAUUGAAUCCGUAGUUUGUGUUUCUGUAAAUGAUCCUUAUGUGAUGCACGGAUGGGCCGAGAAACUUGAAGCUAAAGAGGCUAUUGAAUUUUACGGGGAUUUUGAUGCUAGUUUCCACAAGAGCUUGGACCUAACAAUCGACCUCUCCGUAGCUUUGCUUGGAACUCGCUCUCACAGAUGGUCAGCUUAUGUGGAGGAUGGCAAAAUCAAGGUUCUGAACGUGGAAGAAGCCCCAUCUGAGUUCAAAGUCUCCAGUGGCGAUCAUAUGCUAGCUCAGCUCUGAUCGAGUUUGCAAUCAUCUUUUCUCUAAGUAGUCAAUAAAGUUCCAAAUGUUCAAUAAGCUCUACUAUAAACUAAACUUGACGCUACAAAUCGAUUUCACUAUCUUAGUGAAAGCCUAACGGAGACAAGACAUUAGUAAGUCGAACAUCUGUGCUUUGGUUAUGCGAGUUUGUAGUUUUUUGGGUUUUUUUUUUUUUUCAAAUAAUGAAGAGAAAACAAGGUUGAAAUUUGAUUGUAGCAGUUUUGAGAAAAAUAUCAUGGUGGGUUGUAUUGAAUUGUUUAUAAAAUCAUACAUCAUCAUUAUAUCCGGUA